UCCGCUGUGCUGCAGAGUCCGAGUGCGCAGCUGCAGCGAGAGAGAGAGACGCAGAGACAGCACAGCUCAGACAAAAUGCCUGUGGAUAAUUUCAUAUUCGCGCAAUGCAUCCUUUAUUUUUUAGCCUUCGUCUUUGGCUUUAUAGCUAUUGUACCUCUAUCGGAGAACACGGAGGAUUUUCGCGGGAAAUGUCUGCUUUUCACGCGGGGGAUGUGGCAGAACGAGAACAUCACGGUGUCUAAGCAGCGCUUCAUCAUUGAGGAAUGGGGACCACAGUCCUCCUGCAGCUUCAGCACCGCCGUCGGCAUCGCGUCGCUCGUCCUGUCCGCCGUGCAAGCCUGGAGGCUGCUGUUCUUCAUCUGCAAAGGCCACGAUGACUCGAUCUUCAAUGCCUUCCUGAACCUGCUCAUCAGCACGCUGGUAGUGUUUGCUGUGUUCCUGUCCAGCACGAUAGUCAGUGUGGGCUUCAAUCUAUGGUGUGAUGCUAUCACAGAAGGAGGCAGUAUGCCCAGCAGCUGUGAAGAUCUUCAGGACACUGAUCUUGAACUAGGGUUGGACAACUCUGCUUUUUAUGACCAGUUUGCCAUAGCACAGUUUGGGUUGUGGGCUGCCUGGCUGUCUUGGCUCGGUAUCACCGUCAUGGCCUUUCUGAAGGUCUAUCAUAACUACCGUCAAGAGGAUCUGGUCGACAGUUUGAUCCACGAGAAAGAGUUCCUACUCGGACGCUCGUCACGCCGGCGCUCUGAUGUGGUAGAUGAGAAAAGUGGCAUGAUAUGAUCAACUCAACGUUUUCAACGCAUUGAAAUAUAGUGUCAAGUAAAAUGUGUUCAUAAGCUUCAAAAUUUGGCUCACUAGGUGGUCUUUCUCAACUUUAGAUUGACUGAACCAAAUGCUUCUGAAUAACAUUUUAUUUGACAUUCGACGAUGACUAAGAAAAAGACAUUCACAUGCACACAAUUGUUCGGAUGGAGGUCAUAGAUCGUUUACUCGCAACAUUUUUUGAUGUUGAGCUUGAAACACAAGACCCUGGACAGAAUAAACAGUGAACAUCAAUAACUUAAAGGGAUAGUUCAAGAAAAUUUCAUUUCUUUUACUACUUCAUGUUGUCCCAAACCUGUAAAACUUUCAUUCAUCACCAAAACACAAAAUUAAGAUACUUUCAAUGAAACCAGAGAGAUUUCUAUGGAAGCCUUUUUCAACCACAGAAUAAAUAAAUAAAAAGAUAAUUGCGAUGUUUUCUCUCACAAUUCAGACUUUAUAGAAUGGCAAGUUUAAAUAUAGCAAUUGCGAGUUUAUAUCUCAUAACUAACUUUAUUUGGCAAAUUUUGACAUUUUUCGUAGAAUUCUGAGUUCAUAUCUGAGUUAACACCUCGUAAUUCUGACUUUUCUAGAAUUGCGACAUUAUUUCUUGCAGUUCCGAGUUUGUAGGCUUUCUCGCAACUUUGACUUAAUUCUCACAAUACUAAGUUUGUAUCUUGCAAUUCAAACUUUUUAUUAGAAUCGCAAGAUAUAAAUGAGCAAUCGCAAGUUUUUGAACAGAAGAUACAAAGUCGCAAUUGCGAAAAAAAAGUUGCUUCCCCGCAAGCUUAGAUUUCUGUCCCUUCAAUGAAAGUCAAUUUCACAAUAGCUUUAAAAAGUUCAUAACAUUGUAAAUAAUCCAUAUGCAUUGACCAAUUUAAUCCAUGUCUUCUGAAGAGAAUUACAUAACUUCAUAUGUGAAUUAAAGUGUACAUUACGUAUUGUAAACAUGCUCGAGUCACAUGCAAGAACAAACCUCGUUGGUUCUCGUGCAUCAGGCAAGCAUAUUUUUACACCAUAUGAACUUUUCAAAGCAUCAGAGUAUUAGCGGAAUUAACUUUCCUUGGAGGGAUGGAAAUUUUGUCAGAUUUAUAAAAAAAAUACCUUCAUUUGUGUUUCACGAUGACAAAUUUGGAAUGAUGAGGAUGUGUAAUUUGAGAAAGAAUUUUCAAUUUUGCGCAAACUAUGUCUUUAAGGAAGUGUGCUUAAAUAACGUUCUUCUAAAUCAUGUUUGACAUACAAUCAACGUCUCGUUGCCAAUUAUGCUUUUACUCAACCAAAAGAUUCUUUCCUUCUAAAGCAUAUUUAGAGCAGCAUUAGAAAUGAGCAACAGCUUCCAGUCAGUCUCUAUUCCAUCACGGCUCUAUACAUUAGCUGAGGAGUUGGACUUAGUGCAUACAUAGUAGCUCAGGUAAUACUAGUUUAAACACUAUUUAAAGUGUGUGUGAUCCAUGUCUGGUUUUCUUUACAGAAAGAGCACUCCCUUCCAGUACUGCCUCUAUGUGUAAGACAUAUAUAAUGAUGUUUAUGACUGUGGUAGUAUCCUUAUAUGUAAAGGGAUUGCUCUUGAAAACAUGCUUGCAUGUGCAUACAUAUUAAAGUAUAUUAAGUAAUUCAGACAGAAGAAAUCUAGGCUCUAUAAAAAUAUUGAAGAACUAGUCUUCAGGAUUUAACAUUUGAUGAGAUAUGACAUAUUUGGAGGGAUAAUUUAAUGAUUUUCUCCAUCCAGUUUACUUGCUUUCCUAGAAUCACCUACAAAGUUAAUGUCGUAGUUCACUAUGUUUUGAAAUAUAGUUGCGCAUGCUGAAAUUAAAUUUGAUGUAUGUCUUUUUUGGUUCAAGCUUCCUAUGAUAACUAGUCCUCCUAACCCUAAAGGAUUGUGUUUUAGUUUUACUAGUAAUUGAGUCGUGAUUCUCUGUAACUCUGUAACACACUCAGGCCCACCUUUCUGAUUAUAAAACAUUAUGCAUAAGAUUGUUUUGUGCAUCAUGUUAUUUAUUGUGUAAUAGUGUGAACAUCCCGGCAGCUUCCAACAUUAUAAGUCUAUGGCUUUUAUUUAAUAAAACCAGUUAUAGCAGUAUAAACAGCAAAUGAUGAUGAAAAUACAAAGCAAUUGUUGAUUCUUCUGAUCAUGAAAACAAUAAAAUUCAGACUUUAAACUAUA